AUGGUGUGUGGGCAGGAUCGGUCAGAUCUGGCCUUAUCGGGCAUCGGGGACCCCGAUCUGUGCGAUGCAAUCAUCAGCGGCAGCGUCACUUACAAUGGCGGCGGCGUUCACGGUGCGGACUCACGCACCUGCACCAGUGAUGAUGGUCGUACUGUCAAUUGGAUUACCCUUAACCUUCGUACUCAUCUUAAUGGCAUGUUUGCUGCUGGCUAUGUGCAGGACCAUGAAUGGAGACAAGCUGUAACUGCAGCUGGAUCGGGUUGUAUUGUGGCUCUAUCAGUCGAGAGAUACCUUAUGAGCGAAAAUAUGCUGAUUGAAUUUCACCAGGCAUGUUAUUAUUUUCUUUGGCCAUUUGGCUUAUGUAUGUUUUGCUAA